GGGAUAGUAUAAAAAUAAAUAAAUAAAUAAACAGAAGGAUUAUUACAGGAAAUAAAAUAUUUGUACAUUUGGAAAUUAUGCACUCGUCGUACGUACGUGUAAUUCACCGUUAACAGAGAAAACGAUUUCUUAUUUGUUUCGUUCAUUUUGAAGUAAUUUGUGCACGGUCGACUUCCUCUUUCAUAAAAUUCGUAGGACUCGAACAAUUUCGAUAUAUAUAUAUGUAUAUGUAUAUGUGUAUGUAUAUAUAUGUCGAUUAAUCGAGAAUAUUCUUGAAUUUUGUCUAUCGAGGAUUUCGAUUUUUUUUGUUGAUACAACAUUUUCCAUUGCGUACAGUUAUUUUCGUACACUUGGUGCGUAUUGAAGAAGUAAGGGGAUAAGGGAGGGGAACAUUUACGAGGACAACAAGACGAGACCGACUAUCAUCUACGAUUCAAUGACCCGGAGGGGUCUUAAAUUUCCAUCUCGGCGAUAUGAAGAGGAGUAUUGAACGAAGAAGUGAAGUGAAUUGUCCUAAGUUGUUAGAAGAAGAAACAUUUUAUCAUAUCAUCAAACAAAAGCAACAGAAAUAAUCGUCUUUCGUAAAGGGGUGUUAAUCCUUUUCUGACUAAAUAAAACGAAAAAUAGAAAACACAAUUAUUAUAACGUUAAUUGUUUAAUGUUAAAUUGACAAAAGCAAAAAACAAAAAGAAAAGUUGAUGAACAAAGUGCCGCGAGUACGCGAAUGGUGAACGACGAAGUGCCCGUAAGCGAGGUGCACCAUCAAAAGUUUCGUUCGUACAAUGGACGUUUUCAAAAUCGACCAGUCCCUGAGCGCGGGUCUGGGUAGCGCCCCGGCACCGGACACGCUCACUCCGGAAGUGUCCUUUGACGCCGGUAGCGAAUUCAAUUUAAGCUUCUUCGACGGUCCGGAGGAGAACAGCACUCAAGGAUUCAGCGAUCCUGGAUCGGUUGGGAGUGCUAGUGCUUCCCCACCACCUGGUACACCAGGAACCAUUGCCGCUAAUCCGCCAAACGCCGCGCUACCCAUUGUCCAAGUCCCUUCAGGCAUCGUCAUUAAGCAAGAACAACAUUACGCGGCAGCCGAUUCUAACAGUUCAACACCAGCUAAAAGUUUUGUACCUUGUAAAGUUUGCGGUGACAAGGCAAGUGGAUAUCAUUACGGUGUUACAAGCUGCGAGGGUUGCAAGGGUUUCUUCAGAAGAAGCAUACAAAAGCAGAUAGAAUACAGGUGCCUGAGGGACGGCAAGUGUCUUGUGAUCAGAUUAAAUCGAAAUCGUUGCCAGUACUGCAGAUUCAAGAAGUGCCUAGCUGUCGGCAUGUCCAGGGAUUCUGUCAGAUACGGCAGAGUGCCGAAACGUUCGCGAGAACGUGGUCCAGAAGAUUCCAUACCAACGACCACGACGACAACCACAUCGACGACUACAACCGGCGUGCAACAGCUCACGUCUUCCGCUGGAACUGGCAAUAACAAUAAUAAUAAUAAUAACAAUAAUAAUAACAACAACAAUAACAAUAAUAACAACAACAGCAGCAGCAACAACAACAAUAACAAUACAAGCAGUCAAAAUAAUAACAAUAAUAAUAAUAAUAAUAACAAUAAUGGACAAGGUGGGAAUGCAAUGCCAAGAAUACCACCGUCAGCGGUUGCCGAAGCUGAUCAAUCCGACACGGAUGUUAAACAGUUGGCAGUUUACGAUGUUAUCCUUCAAGUGUCGCAAGCACAUCACGCGCAUUGUGGUUUUACCGAGGAGUCCACGAGGGGUCUUAUACGAAAGCCAAUGAUAAUACCGCCGGCCAGCCCGGAAGACCCAGAGGCAGCCUCCUCAACAGCAGAAACCGUUGAAUCACAGAGAAUCUGGUUGUGGCAACAGUUUGCGACUAGGGUUACACCGUCGGUACAGAGGGUGGUAGAAUUUGCGAAGAGGGUUCCAGGAUUCUGCGAACUCUCGCAGGACGAUCAACUCAUUCUAAUCAAGGUUGGCUUCUUCGAGGUCUGGCUAAGUCAUAUUUCGAAAAUGACUACAGAUAGUUCGAUGACUUUCGAGGAUGGUACAUACAUCACCAGGCAACAAAUGGAACUCAUGUAUGAGCCCGACUUCGUGGCGGCCUUGAUGCAAUUCACGUCAUCUUUAAACGCUUAUCAACUGGCAGACGCCGAGUUAGGUUUGUUCUCGGGUGCAGUGCUUCUCGGUGAAAGGGCUGGUCUUAACGACGUUAAAGCGGUCCAGAGGCUUCAGGAUCGUCUUUUAGAAGCCCUAAGAGUUCAAACUUCAAGAAAUCACAAUGGCACUGGUGGUGCCGAAGCAACCUCAGCAUCUGGCUGUGCCAGCAUAUCUGGAGUUUCUCAAAGGAUACCGGAAUUAAGGGCGCUUGGUGCUAGGCAUGCAAAUCUUUUAGAUUGGUUUAGGAGAAAUUGGACUAAACUAAAGCUGCCACCUCUUUUCGCCGAGAUCUUCGACAUUCCUAAAUGCGAGGAAGACCUGCAAUGAAGAGAGAACUCGUAUCGAAAAGGCACAGACAUUAUUAUAUGAUGUGGGUUCCUGUCGGGAUAAAUCUAAGCUUUCCAGAGCUGAUCGCACAAAUAGAGAAAUUCAGGAAACCGUUCUCGAUUUCGCUGGUUGAGAAACGACAGUGACGUAUCGUUGCUAAGAUGAGAUGCGAUAGAAGAAGAAGAAGAAAAAGAAGAAAACGAAGAAGAUGAAGAAGAAGAAGAAGGGCUCAUCGAUUUUACCCCGUCUCAAUAGAGAAGAUGAUGAUGAUGGACCAGACAGACCAUCUUUGAAAAGAGGAGGGGAUAACUCCUGGUCUAUUCUUUGUUAUGGAGGGUACGGAUUAGCAAUAAAAGCAAAACCAUUCUAUGGUGUGGGCCAUAUAUCAGAACGAAAAAUAUUAACCUCGCUUUAUCGCGAUGGUAUAUAACAUAUUACAUAUAUAUAUAUAUAUAUAAAAAUCGCAUUUUAUUCGUGAUUUUACGAGUCGUUUCAAUGGCGGGAAAAAGAAAGGGCGUUUUUCUAACCUAAGUGGAAGUACAAGCAAUACAUAUACUAAAAAGUUAUAUGCUCAAAAUCCGCGUACUGCUUUCGUGUUUACUAUUACUAUUACUGCUGAUGAUAUGAAAGAAUAAACAAACAUAUGAUCUAAGAUGGAAAAAAACGAGAUGAAGUCGUUCGAAUUCAAAGUAUAAAUAAAAAAGAAAGAAAAAAAAAAAAAAGGAAGAAGGAAGUUGUACCUUUGAACUUGAUACAUGACUCGAUAUUUCUGGUCCCUUAAAGGGAUGAUGGGCAAUUAAAUACUCAAAUAUGUCGGUAUAAUAUUUCGCGUUAAAAGUUAUUAUCCUUCGUGUAUGUGUCAUGGCGUCGCGCAAUAAGUGAGUCAAGCGAGUGUUUGUAAGGUUAGUUUUUUUUUUUUCUUUUUUUGCAUCCAACAUGCGAGAAAAGCAAAAAAAAAAAAAUAAUAGAAAUGGGAAUGUAAAAAAGACAAAUGGGGGAAAAUUAAAAGAAGAUAAUGCAAUCAAGUUUGGGUGGAGGUUUAUUAAACCUUAAGGGUUAACUUUCGGAGUCCGAUUGGGUGUUCUUCUCGAAGUUUUAAGAAUUUUAACGUAUUAUAUAUACAUAUAUAUAUAAGAGGACUUUGAAAGUUUUGAAAUAAAUUUAAUUAAGAAAAGGGAAGGUAUAAAAAGAGGUUGGUAAAGGAGGUGUAAAUGAAUUAUUCGCGAUAUUGAAUAAAUUAUAUUUAGAAAAUUAUUCAACUAAUAAAAAAAAAACAAACAAACAACAAAAACCGGCGAACGUGAAAAACACCAAAUUCCUUAAGACAUAUCGGAA